UAAUGCGUAAUAAGCCAUCAUAAUGAACUCCCUACAUGGAUCUCUAGUCUCUAUUGUCUUAAAAUUUGCAGCCUGCCUGUCCUUGUCCUCUUCUCUCUCUCUUUUGCGUUUAUAAUUAUGCUCGUCCGUGGCUACGCAUGUGCGUGAGUGUGUUGCUGGUGCUGCUCAGCAAUGGAGCUCUGGAGAAUCUCUUUUCUUCUUCUCUGUGCAUUUCAGCUUGUUUCUGCACAGCAAACAACUGCUCCUGAUGAAGUGGCUGCUCUCAACAAGAUAAUAGACUACUGGAACUUGAGAAGCAAAGUGAACCUUACUAUCGACCCAUGUAGCCAGAAUGCACCAUGGGCUCCCGAGCUUGCGAAUCCCCGUGUGGCUUGUAACUGUGCUGGCAACAGCUGCCACAUCACUCACCUGAAGGUUUAUGCUUUAGACAUUUCUGGUGAAAUACCCAAGGAAGUUUUUCUGCUAAAGGAGCUGAUGGACUUGAAUCUGGGUCAGAAUGUUCUGAGUGGACCCAUACCGGAUGAAAUUGCACAGUUGCAAAAUAUGCAAUACCUUAGCCUGGGCAUAAACAACCUGACUGGUCGAGUGCCUCCAGAGCUUGGUAAUUUAACCAAGUUGGUUUCUCUAAGUUUUAGUUCAAACAACUUCUUUGGACCGUUACCAAUUGAGCUUGGAAAAUUGACCUCCUUGCAGCAGCUGUAUAUUGAUAGCAGUGGAGUGAGUGGACCAAUACCACAAGAACUUGCAAACUUAAAAUCCCUACAAAUUCUCUGGGCAUCUGAUAAUCUCUUUACCGGAAAGCUCCCAGAAUUCUUUGGGACCCUUACACAACUCAGGGACCUGCGACUUCAAGGUUCCUUGCUUGAAGGCCCAAUCCCAAGCAGUUUUGGUGCUCUAACUAAGCUAGAGAAUCUGAGAAUCGGUGAUCUUAGCAAGGAAGACUCAAAUCUUGAUUUCUUGGAAAAACAAACAAGUUUGUCCAUACUAUCUUUGCGAAACUGUCUAGUGUCGGGUGAAAUUCCAAAACGGAUCGGCACAUUUUCUAAGUUGCAACACCUGGACUUAAGCUUCAACAAGUUGAGCGGCCAAAUACCAGAAUCAUUAAAAGAUUUUCCUUUGUUGCAAUAUCUAUUUCUGGGAAACAAUAACUUGAGUGGACAGCUACCUGCGAAUAUCAUAAGUCCAAAGCUCAUCGCCUUAGAUAUCUCCUUCAAUCCCAUCUCUGGCAGUUUGCCUCUAAAUUUUUCAAAGAGAGGCUUUUCAAUGAAUGUUGUUGGAACAUCCAUCAAUGCAAAUAGUUUACUGGACAGGAAGGCAAUAGGGAUGCUGAAAUGCCUCCAAGGAAAUGCCGAAUGCAGUAACCAAGUUCCAGCCUCUUCAUUUUCUAUUAAAUGUGGAGGCACUGAACAAAUAUCUUCCACUGGCAUCAAAUAUGAUGAUGAUUCUGAAAACCUUGGAGCAGCUUCAAUGUACACAAGUUCUAAUGAUCAAUGGGUUGUAAGCAACACUGGAUUUUUCAUUUCCAAUCCAAGUGGACCCCAGUAUAUUGCGAAGACUGACUCUCAAAUCACGGAAACUUUAGAUUCUGAACUGUAUAAAACAGCAAGGAUUUCACCAAGCUCACUGAGGUACUAUGGCCUUGGCUUGAAGAAUGGAAAGUACAUUGUUGAGCUUCACUUUGCAGAGAUAACAAUGGACGAUGAUACUCAGUCUUGGAAAGGUCUUGGGAGGCGCUUAUUUGAUAUUUACAUUCAGGGUGAGAGAGUUCUCCAAGACUUCAACAUCCAAAAGGAAGCCGGUGGAUCCAAAAGAGCGUUGAUCAGAGCAUUCGAGGUCAAUGUAACAAACACAAUAAUGGAUAUCCACUUCUUCUGGGCUGGGAAAGGCACUUGCUGCAUUCCAUUGCAAGGCACAUAUGGACCAUUGGUGUCAGCAGUCGUUGCUUAUCAAGUUAAUGCUGGGUCUACUUCCAAACCGGACAAGAAGCGUGUAGGAAGAAUUGUUGGAAUAGCACUUGGAUGUGUAGCUGGUUUUGUGAUAAUCUUAUCAAUGUUCUACUUAUGGUUCACCAAAAAGGGUGCACCAGGACACAUGCGAGUAUACACAGACUCACCAAGGAAGAAAGGAUUACGCUGAUUUCGACCAUGUUAAUGUGUUAAAAUAGCAAUAAAUUGUUGCACUCGAGAAUGUUUUGGGUGCUGUUUAUGCUUUAUGCUUUUCAUUUUUCAAGGACCAGUUUCCAUUCAACUAUCCUAAAACUUCCUAACAACAGCAAAUGGUUGUGUCAAUGAAGAUGCAUAAUUGCAUUUAUAGUUGAUGAUGUAAGGCUUAAAAUAAAUUGGAUAGGAUUGUAGGGAGCACUUUUAUGUAAAAUAUAUAUGUUGUGAAAACAAAAUAUUGAAUGGUUUGUGAA